AUGGACAUGCUCGCGACCCAUCAUAAAAAGUGUGACUUUCGUAACUUCUGGAAACUUACGAAGAAAAUGGAAGUGAAGACUGGACUCUCAGUUAGUGUCAACGGCAUUUCAGAUACCAAGGAUCUCUCGAAGGCUUUUGACCUUGUAAAUUACGAUUUACUUUGGCAAAAGCUUGACGAGACAAAUUUUCCUAGAGAGCUAACACGCAUAUUUAGAUACUGGUACGCCAGCCAGAGAAAUAGUGUCCGAUGGGGAAACUUUUUGUCUGAUGAGUACGGAUUGGAUUGUGGCGUCAGGCAAGGCGGACUAAGUUCGCCAAAAUUAUUUAAUCUGUAUGUUAACGAGCUUAUCGGUGAGCUCAGCAGCACGCAUGUCGGAUGCCACGUGAACAGGGUAGCAUUCAACAACAUAAGCUAUGCAGAUGACAUGGUGCUGUUGAGCCCAUCGGUUGGCGGACUGCGAACCCUCAUCAAUAUUUGUGAGUCAUAUGCUUUAAAACAUAAUUUAAAGUAUAAUGUGUCGAAAAGCGAGUAUAUGGUUUUCAAGGCGGGAACCAAGUGCCCAUCCCAUGUCCCACCCAUUCGCUUGAAUGGCGAGCAGCUUACGAGGGUUAAUUCGUUUAAAUACCUUGGGCACUUGGUAACCGACGACUUGCGCGACGAUUCGGAUAUCGAGAGGGAGCGAAGAGCUCUGGCGAUCAGAGCUAACAUGAUAGCUCGCAGGUUCAGUCGGUGUACAGCGCAAGUUAAAAUUACACUAUUCCGUGCGUACUGUACAUCGCUGUAUACCUGCAGCUCGUGGGCUAGAUAUACGCAACGCUCGAUCAAUAAAUUGCGGGUGCAAUAUAAUGACGCGUUCAGGGUGCUGUUGCGGCUGCCGCGGCAUUGCAGCGCGUCUGGCAUGUUCGCGGACGCUCACGUGGACAGUUUUUAUGCGACGCUGCGCAAGCGCUGCGCCGCGACGCUCCGCAGAGUCCGUGACAGCCGCCACAGCCUCUUGAGCGUAGUAGCGGAGAGGUGGGACAGUGGCCUAAUCAGGCACUGGUCCUCGCUUCACUUAGGUUUAGGUACUAAUAUAGUUGUUUAA